AUGUUACAUAGAUAUCGAUAUAUUGGCAGGAUUGACCGCCGCGACGUUGCGGAUGAAGAUCGCGUCGAUCCAGACUUGUUAAACCGCGCUGUGCGGCUGCUCGUGUUGCAGAAAUUAGACAACAUAUACUCCUACCACACCCGACCAAGGUUUGGUAAGCGUUCUGAUGCUUACACGAACUGGGCCAAGGACCUUGAGAAGCCGGACAUACCUGCCUGGUUGUCAUACGCAAGAAGGAGAUGA